AUGGAUGGAGAGGCAGUGGACAGUCAACCUCGACUUCUGUCUCCCUUGGAGCUAUUGGUUCAGCUUGGUGCAUUGAUAAUAACAUUAACGUGGAUUCCAGAUCCAAAAACGACGUCUCUUUCGAACGAUGCAGUAGCGUUGGUGGAUCGAGAUGAGACAUCGUCCAUUCAUCUGUUUGACCCUACAUCAGGUAGACCUCAAGGGGAUGGCAAGAUCGCACAUGAGCAUGAAAUUAUGGAGUUGACUCUGUGCCAGUGCGGCCCGAUCGCUGACAGAAUGCUUGCGUUUCGUGACAGUGAAGGUGCCGUAUUCGUUGCGAAAGUGAAGGCACAUGGUAUUUCUCAAAAGGUCGCCAAAAUCGGUUCUUCUGUCGAACAACUCACUUUCAACGACGUCACUAACAUGCUAGUGGGAGUGGGUGACAGUCGUAUUGUAAUCUGGCCGGCAGUAGAAAUCGCGUUUAUAGAUCGCUCCUUACUGGAGCGGUCUGUGCUGGAGAGGCCGGUGUCCGGCCUCGGUAAAUUCCCAGUCCUCAGAAGUUUCACAGGAAGCACUAUUACUUUACGUCGAUCCGAUGGGUCUGCGAUUACAACACUUGUACCACCAUUCGCCUCUUCACUUCUACGGAAUGUCUCACAAUCCAAGUGGGACCAAGCGAUUCGACUAUGCCGUCAGGUUAAGAACGACGCAAUAUGGGCAGUGCUGGCUGGCUUAUCAACAGCAGCAAAGCAUCUGUACACGUCCGAAAUUGCCUAUGGAGUACUGGAAGAGAUUGAAAAAGCAGCUAUGCUUUCGAAAACAAGGAAUCAAUCUAACAGAGAAGUCAGCAGUGCAAAAACGGCUUUACUGGCAGGAAAAGUAAGUAAUAAUAUGGCCUCGUUGGAAAAAUUUCGCAAUAAGCGGAUGGGUGGAGAUUUGCCGCUAUUGUCCUUCAGGUGUCCUAUCCCUGUAAUAUGGUGA